GUGCGUAGAGCUAAAAUUAAGGUGGGAACGUGAAUUAAUAGUACAACGUAGCAGAGAAAAAGAAGAUGAUGUAUCCCAUUUGGUUUGUCCCCUUUCCACACUCUCUUUCUGUCUCUCUCACUCGCCCAUUUGCAUUUUCUCUCUCUAGAAAGACCCAAAGUAAUCUCCAAUGAUGAAUGACUGAAGAAACAUGGAAACAUCCACACUCACAUCAAUCCCUCUUUCUCUCUCAUCACCACAAAAACUGAAAAGGAAACAGAAAUGAUGGGAAACACAAAAGAAAGGAAAUUUGCUAAAUUGAUGGCUUCAAACCUUCUCCCAACCAUACCCAACCAUACAACGCAACACAAACCCCUUCUCUUUCUCUGUCAUAAAAAUGUCUUCCCCUAUUUGCCCUUCUGCAACACCCCAAACAAUCGCAUCUUCAUCACUUUCUCUCAAAACAACAUUAUUUUCUCACCGAGUUAUGUGGACUUGGUUUUGGGUUUUAUUUGUCCUGCUCAGAGUACCACAGAGAAAACAGGAAAGCCAGAAGAACCUUCUCUCUCUCUCUCUCUCUCUCUCUCUCUUUCUCUCUCUCUUUCCCUCUUCCCCCUCUUGUUAUCUUUAUCGUUGCGUGCUUCUUUUCCCCUAUAUCUCUCUCUCUCUCUCUCUUUCUGACUUGUCCUACCACCUACCCAACUUUCACCUUGUCAUUGAUCUGCUUGUUACCUUUACUUUUUGUUGUUGUUGGUGCUUUCUUUGUGCUUUGCUCUGUUAUUUUCUGAUCUGAUGAAGAAGAUGAAAGGGGUUGUGUCUGUGGAGUAUACACCUUCUGCUGUGUAUGAGGAUCAGACGGUUAGUUUCAGGCAUCAGAGUCUUUUGCACGACUAUGAAGACCUGCAGGAGGAAACAAAUGCCACGAGAAUGAAACUGCAGGCUGCGAAGCAGAAAAUUUCGAUACUGUCAGCAGAACUUGGAUUUUUGAGGCAACGUUACAGAUAUUUGAUGCAAAAUCCUUCUCCAAAGCAAGAGAUUUCACACCAGCAAAAGCUUAAAGUCCAUGCUACCCUUAUCAGAAAGGGCAAGAAAUAUAAUAGAAAGGAAUCUACUUUGCACCCUGCCACAACCUCUCAUUUGAAUUCUAAAGGAAGGAUUUCCAAUAGAGUUGCGAGCACAGUGCAAAAAACAGUUAUGUUUGAUUUAAACCAGAACGCUUUGAGUCUUAGUAAAAAGGAGCUUUCUUUUCUUAAUUCUGCUCCAGUGGCUGACUUAAAACACGAAGAUGGAAUUCAUAGUGGUAAAGAAGCCUCAAAGAAGAGCAUCAGUAAAUUUUUUGACUUGAACCAGAUUUCGAGAGAAGAGGAGGAAUUCCUGGGUAUUGAGGCCAUGAGGGUUGAAGAACAAAAGAGAAUUAUCGAAGAACAGCACAAUGACAUGAAGUUGUCAGUUUGUAGAAAUGUUGGAAAUGGUUCAAACAGUGCAGUGAAGAGGAAGAUCUCUUGGCAAGAUCAGGUGGUAUUGAGGGUUGGAAUUUAACUUAUUGAGUAGGUCAAAUUCCUUCUUUUUUGGAAUGUGUAGUUGGUCUUGAUAAUAUAUAGAAUUUGUUUUUUUA